UAAAACCUAUUUCUUGUUUGCAGUUUGAUCUUUUCCUUAUUUCGUAUAUUGUUUUGUUGUACUUCGUUUGUUUCUUUUUCCUAUCAUUUUUGGCAAUCCGUAAUUGUAUGGAAAUUGCAUUGCAUAAGUUAUUUCUUAUAAAAGGAAAGUAAAUAUUGAAAAUGCCUUUACAUUAGAUUGUAAAGAAUGUAAACCAGUAGACGGACAACAAAAAUAAGGGAAGAAAAGGUGUGUUAACAUCCUGGAAAGUUAAAGCUGAAUAAAAAAAAAGGAACGAUGGAGAACGGAGAGAGUAGUAGGGAUACCAUCGAUACGGUUCAGGUGGCACUAAGGAUUAGGCCACUUAUGCAGCAGGAAAUAGAAAGAGGUUGUGAUGAGUGCAUCGAUGUCGUUCCCGGUGAACCACAAGUGCAGAUAAAAGAGCUGGCAUUUACAUACAAUUAUGUUUUUCCACAACACAUCACACAACAAGAGUUUUAUGAUACUGCAGUCAAAGGUCUUAUUAGAAAAUUAUUUCAAGGUUACAAUGUUACAAUACUUGCUUAUGGACAAACUGGAUCAGGAAAAACAUACACAAUGGGUACAAAUUACUCUGGCUCCGAAGGAGAUUCAACAAAUUUAGGUGUUAUACCCCAAGCAGUUGCCGAUAUAUUUGACUUCAUAGAUGUGAAUGAGACCAAGUUCAGUUUCAAAGUGACAGUUUCAUUCAUGGAGCUGUAUCAGGAGCAGUGCUACGACCUGCUUUCGGGCAAGGAGCGUGCACACAGCGUCAUUGACAUAAGAGAGGAUAUCAACAAAGGUGUACACUUGCCAGGUAUCACAGAGCUACCGGUUACCUCUACUGCGGAGACAAUGAUGGUGUUGGAGAAGGGUUCCAUUGGCAGAGUGACGGGAUCCACUGCUAUGAACCAAGCAUCCAGCAGAAGUCAUGCUGUCUUCACUAUUGUGGUUGCUAAAGAAAGUAAGGCUGACAAAAACCUUGCUACCACAUCAAAGUUUCACUUUGUGGAUUUAGCUGGGUCGGAGAGAAUUAAAAAGACAAAGGCGAGUGGUGAGAGACUUAGAGAAGGUGUAAAGAUAAACCAAGGUUUGCUGGCGCUGGGCAACGUGAUAUCUGCGCUGGGCGACGGCACCAACAGGAGCUUCAUCAGCUACAGAGACAGCAAGCUGACGAGGUUGCUGCAAGACAGCCUGGGCGGCAACUCGCUGACGAUGAUGGUGGCGUGCGUGAGCCCCGCCGACUACAACCUGGACGAGACGGUGUCGACGCUGCGCUACGCGGACCGCGCGCGCCGCAUCCGCAACAAGCCCGUCAUCAACCAGGACGCCAAGGCCGCGGAGAUCAUCAGAUUAAACAACUUAGUGAAUGAACUGAGACUCCAGUUGGUAGGGAAAUUACCUACGGUCAGUGAAAACAGUAAUGAGCAAUUAAAGGAGGAGUUAGAAAUGGAGAAGGCAAAAUAUGCUGAUCUCUUGAAGAAGCACAAGCAAAUGACUGAACAUCUAACCAAUAUAUUAAUCGAGAACACGAAUUUAUGUGAAAAGGCGCUACUGGCAGAAGCAGCAAAGGAUAAGAUAGAAAGAAAGUUAAAUGAACUAACAGAACAAUGCAAUCAAACUAUAGAUAACUUGAGUACUACAGAUAAAGUUCCCGAUGAAGAUUGCAAAAACAGUGUUGUUGAUUAUCUGAAAGAGAUAAAGAGUAGGUUAGAAGAUUUGCAAUCAGUUAAUAUGAAGACUAAUGAAGAACUAAUUGACCAUGAGAUCAAACUAUCUUAUAUUAAAGAAGAGAAUGACAGUGAGAAAGUGGAUGAUGGAGUCCCGCUUAAUGAAGAUCAGGCUGUCAUGGAGGAGCAGAAACGAGCAAUGGGACAGGUUGCAUUAAAUCAAGAAUUGCAAGAAUUAAACAGUGCUAUGGCUAUCAAAGCCUCAGUGGUUCAAGCUAUACUGGCUAGUAAUAAAGAUAUUAUGGAGAGCCAUAAUAAUCUGAAGGAGAAUGAGGAGAAGAUUGCACAUCUGGAGAAGGAAAGAGAUGAGCUCAUGCAGCAGCUGAAACAGACUAAGGGUAAAGACCCGUCGCACGAGGAGCGUCGCACGAAGGUGUCCGCGCUGGAGACGGAGAUAACUGACUUGAAGAAGAAAUGCCAGCAGCUCGCCAACAUCAUUAAAACUAAAGAGAAGAAUGAAGCCAAGAUCGCCACACUUAACGCAGAGUUACACUCUAUGAAAGCUAAUAAGGUCAAAAUCAUCAGACAAAUGCGUGAAGAAAGUGAGAAAUUCCGUAAAUGGAAGGCUGACAAUGAACGCGCAAUGCUGCGUCUUCGUAACGAGGACAAGAAACGUGCCAACGCGAUGGCAAAGAUGGAGUGUCUGCACGCGAAGCAGCGCAACGUGCUCAAGCGCAAGAUGGAGGAGGCCGUCGCCGUCAACAAGCGCCUCAAGGAAGCUCUGGACAGACAGAAACAGUCGCAAUUCAAACGCAACGCCAAAGGAAUUGUCAAAACUGGCGCCAUCCAGCAGUACAUUGAACAGGAGCUUGAAGUGCAUCUUAGUAUUGUGGAAGCUGAGAAAUCGCUAGAAGAACUCAUGGAGUACAGAGCGUGGAUAACAGAGCAAAUAGAGAACCUCCGCAACUGCACAGACGACGAGGCUAACAGAAAGAAGAUGGCGGAGCUGGAGAACGACCUGGUGCUGCGUAAGGCGCAGAUAUCUGACCUGCAGCAGAAGAUAUUAACUGUAGAUCAAGAGAAUAAAGCCCGCACUCAAUGGGACAACAUACAGUCGAUGUUGGAAGCUAAAGUAGCUCUCAAAUGUCUAUUUGAGUUGUUGGUGGAUACGAAGAGAGAUCUACAGAACCAGAGUGAGAAGGGAUACCAGUCCAGAUACGAGGAGGUGAAGGAGGCCUACGAUAGACUGGCCGUGGAGUUUGAGAAUUGUAAGACUGAAUACGAUUGGGAACUAGCCAAAGUGAAACAGCAAAGUGAGGAAAAGUUGCGAGUAUUGCUGGCGUUGCAACGCGGCGUGUCGGUGCGCGGGGAGAAGAGCGAGGCGUGCAAGCAGCUGCAGGCCGUCAUACAGUACCAGCAGGACCGCCUCGACCACCUCGAGAUCGAGAACAAAAAGUUAGCAGAUGAACUGGAAGAAUAUCAAUCUAACAGUAGAAGGGGAAAGAAGCGGAACAAGACCAGCACAGAACAGAAGAAGAUAGAACAUACUCCUAUCCCUGUCACUGACGAGGAAGAUGAUGACGAGGAUUCGGAGAAGGACCCCGAUUGGAGAGCCACGCCAUUGUUCAAACGUAUACAGGCUCAACGCACUCGCCUAAAGAUGAAUUUGACUGCCAACGAAGCUGACACGUCGCGGGCGACGAAACGCAGCAACGAAGGUGUCCCGCACUGCGCCUGCCGCGGCUCUUGCUCUACCAAGAUCUGCGGCUGCGUGAAGAGCGGCGUCGGCUGCGGCGCCGUCUGCCGCUGCCAGCACGCGCUCUGCAAGAACCGCAACCACACGCUCGCCGACGACAAGGAGAACCAACCGACAAGUUCCGACGGCGCACAGGACACAACAUUUCCAUCAUUCUUUGACAAAAGAGAUAACUUCGAUGCGACGUACGUCAAGAAAAAGAAAUGUUUCUUCUUUCCUGAUGAACAAUCAAAUGAUAUAUAAUAAAGACUGAACAAAUGCCGUCAAUUGAAUUCAAGAUGAUUUAUAAGUUUAUUUUUUUGUAACAAUGAGCUUAUUUAGUGUUAAGUAACUUAUAAUAUACUAAUCUUAGUGUAAAUUAAUCGUAGAUAUAUGUAGAUGAUAAAUUUUAUUCCGUACCAUAUGUUAAACGUAAUAAAUUACGUAUAUAAUGCUGCAACAUCAUUUGAUGUGGACCAUUUUAUGAAAUUGUCUAGUGAACUU